UUUACAAAAUUCCUGUUUCAAUUCACUAAACGAUUGUAAUAAAAUUUGAAGGACGAAAUUUUAUUGUUUCAACGGAAAAAUUUUAAUAUUUUUUUUAAAUCUUGAAUUUAGGCUAUUUUUUCAAACCAAUUUUAGAAACGAAAAUAGCCCGCAAAAUAUUGGGUUUUUGAAAAUGGGUGAUAACAAUGAGGUGAUGUGGCCCCUGUGCGAUCCUGCUCCCGAAGACAGUGUAGAUACUGAAAAAUGCAUUAUUGUCAAAGCCAAAAGAGGGUAUGAGAGAGAAAUGGUGGGUUUCCUCAAGAACUUUGGGGAAGGGUAUCGAAGAUCACUUGCAGUAUUCUACAGCCAAGAAGCAGAACAGAAAGCUCUAAAUCAAGAACGAAUUCUACGACGGUACAUUGAAGACCUAACUCAUUAUUAUCAUGCCUUGAAAUCCGGAGCGACAGACGCCAAACGACCAGAGGCACCGAAAGAGUUGUAUUCAACAGAUCCUUUGGAAAAACCAGAAAACGAAGAUGUAUCCGAAAUGGAAUCAAUAUCCAGUGAAAGCUCACCCUCUGACACAAGCAUCGACCUGGAGUUUAUGGAGAAGAAAGGAAUGAUUUCAUCGGACAUGGCAAAGCAAUUAGUCGACGAGGGGAUCGUAACUCCAAAAGGUCAAGCUGUCACUAGAAACGAUCUAAAGAGGAAGUCAUCUUCGGAAUUGAGCACCAACGAUAAUAACGAUAAGCACUAUGAAGCUGAAUCGGGCACUCAUGCAAAGAUGUUUUCGUCGAAUGAAGAAAUAACCGCAGCAAAGAUGAAAAGUGUCGGUGAGGAGGAAGAUAGCCCGAGAAAAAGCGGUACGCUAAAAUCAGGAACUACAGAAAGUUCUUCUACAUUUGAAUCUAUCAGCGACAAGCACCAAAAGAUUGAACACUCCGAACAGGCACAUGGAGCUAAAAUUUUAUCGGCUAAACAUAGCUCACAUCAUGAAGAUUCGAGUGAGUCAUCCGCAUCCCUUGUUACAAGCCGGACUGACUGCUCUGAUUACGACCGCGAAAUAGAGCAACUGCAAGGCAAACUGGAGCAUUUAGAUGAAAGUCUCAAAUGCCGAAACAGUGAGCUGGCCGCUUUGCUGAAAUCGAAAGGAGUAGUAGUGCCUGAUGGGAAGAGUACGUUGUUAAUGAAAGAAAUUAAUUUGACAAACCAAAUUAAUGAUUUGAAAGUCAAAUUGAAUCAACUGGAUGAAGCAGCUUUGGCCCCCGUUCAACUAGCAAACUUUUGUCAAGGUCUUAAGAUAGCUACAGAUAGCAAGAAUACUGCAAAUAUCAAGGAAAUACCAGCGAACACAGACGAUCUGAAUUUUUUGAGGCAACAAGUCUUUGAUUAUAAUUCAGGACAAUUUCCUCAGGAGCAGCAGGUACCGGAAUUGGAGACUCCACGAGUUGAGACCAUUGGAAAAACGAGCCUCGUUAGACAAACCCUAGUCCCAGGAAGUGCACGUCACUCACCAUAUCCUAGUCGUUUCGAAAAGAACAUGGCACUUUGUGAUAGUUUGAUAAAACAAUUUGGAAGUGGUGCUCAGUUAAUCAAUAAUCUCGCAUUGCCAUCUGUUGCUUCUUUUGAUCAAAGCGAGCUUCCAUUCUGAUAUCAAAAUAAAAAAGCAAAUCUAGUAAUAUCUACUGAAA